AUGUCAGCAACUAAUGAUAUUGCUCAAUUUAAUAUUAUUUUUGAGAAUUCAAUAGUUUAUAAUUGUCCAUCACAAAAUCAUUGUGUUAAUAUAUAUUAUGAACAAAAGACAGUUUAUUAUUAUAUUGAAGCAGCGUUAAUAAGGAUUAAAAAGAUAAUAAAGAGGGUUGUAUAUCAAAAAAUGAAAAAUAGAAAAAUUAUAUUAGUAACAAAUGUUGUAGAUGGAUACAUGAAAAGUUAAAAGAAAAAUAAUUAAAGCAGGUAUUGUUAGAUAUAAAUAGAUUUUGUUUCCAAAGGUAGCGCAAAACAAAGAUCUGGUUAGAGCAGGGAGAAUAGGAUCUGGUGAUUGUUAUAGAUACAGGUGCAGAUUAUGAAUUAUUUCAAGAUUAUGAUGUUCCAUAAAAACUUAAAAAAACCUUUAGAUAGUGUAGUAUUAACUCUUAUUAUAUUAUAAGUUCCUAAUAUUUAUAAUUUUCCUUUUUUAAUUAAACCUCAAAUUUCAGAAUCUAAUAAAGCGAUUCAAAACUGAAUAAAUUUAGGAUCUAUUUAUAAAAGCUUUAAUUUAUCUGA